UGCCUGAUUACCUACGUGGGGACAGUCCCAGGUUGUCUGCAAGUUUAUUUAUAGUUCACUUUCAGUGCAAUAAAAAGACGAAUAACUAAUUGUAUCCCUUAAGAAAGAAAACGAAACUUUUUCUUUUGUUUUGGACUAAAGAUGUUCUCUGUUCGAGUAGCAUUACUUCUGACCAUCCUGUCAGUGAGUGUUCCAGUUAUUUCUACGCAAGAAAAUCCCCAGAACCCAAUUGUUAGCCUCUACGCCAGCAUAAUGAACACUGUAAUAGACGCGUAUAAAAGUCAUUUUGGCUCGCCGCCACCAAAGUGCUUUGUCAUAAAUAGUGCUAUAGAUUGCUUCCUAAAUGUGAGAAAGAACACUCUUAGCAAGGCAGAGUCGCUGACGAAGUCUCCUCCGGAGUUUCAACAGGUGUUUUGUCAGGCGAAGCGGGAAUUAAAGAACUGUUCCAGGCCGUAUAUCAAAGAGUGUUCACGUUUGAACAGAAUUCUGCGUUACAUCAUGCACCAGGCUUUUCAAGUCACGUGUUCAUCACAUGGUUAUCAAAGAUACAUGUGCUUAGAGGUGGUUGCAGUGCCCGCAAGAGAGUGUGCAAAAACUGUGGCUACACAUACACUGAGCUCUAACUUCGGCGUAGCGCUUGAUCAAUACGUGGAUUGCUUGCUCCUAGCUGCCAACACAUCCUGCACAAAUAUGUCACUGGGAAACUUCAUUUCGGAUCUUCACAGCAUAUACAAGCCGAAAAAGAUUGUCGCAUCUGUUUUAUUUAACAGCACUUUGAACAAUGCAACUCAAGACACUUUCAAUGAAGCCAAAAAUCUGUCUUUCUUUGAUGCUGGCACGGAUCAACUGACUGCAAUUGAAAAGUUGGCCGUCAAUAGUUUACAAGUCACCAUGCAAGUAGGACCUACAACCACUUCCGCUGAAAGUCCCACAACUUCAACAGCUGAUCCAAUGAAAACAUAUACAGAGGAUUCAAUAAGAACCUCAACUGAAUUCCCAAGAACUUCUUCUGAAUCUCCAAGAAUUUCUACAGAAUCUUCCAUGUCAACUUCUACAGAGGAUACAUGGAGAACAACCACAGAUUCUACCAGAAUAACCUCCACAGAAUCAACAUCAACCCCUAAAGAUUCUACUAUAAUAACCUCUUCAAAACCUAGAACGACCUCUACAGAAUUUCAAAGCAGAACCACAACAGACUCUUCUGCGCGAACCUCAACAAGUUGGAUGACGACACAUUCGUCAGACGUUUCAGCAGGAGCUUCAACACAAAAGGUCUACCAGCCAUCCUUCAUAGAAAAAUCAGCGAAAAACUUCCGAGAAUCUCAGUCGACUACAACAAUAUCGCCUCCAGCGUCUACCACUUCUAUCACAACCACAACAGACACCACAACUGCACCAUCUUUGCCUCCGUUCCAGUGUUACGGAUGUUCAAGUGGAGCUCCAGGUUACUGGCAACACAGUGACUGUCCACCAAACGGGCUCCUGCAAGGAUGGGCCACACAGACCAAAACAUGCAAUGGACCUUGUGUCCAGAUAGUGUCUCGGUGGCCUUUAGGAGAUGUAGUUCGCAGUUGCUCCAAAAAUUAUUACUUCAGCUUUGAAGUGCCACCUAGGGGCUGCAGAACUAACAAUGAUGAUGUCGUCUGCUUCUGCUCUAGCGACCGAUGCAACACGUUCAAUAUGACCGAAAAGCAGGCGGAAAUGAUCAAGAAAUUUAAUCAAUAAACCGGCAACAAAUAAAUUAGAAAAUUAGAAAA